AUGUCUGACCAGUGCGGUCACCUGGGUCUCACGCUGACGCUGCUGCUGCUGCCUCUGACCACCGCCAAAGCCUCCCCUCUGACCGGUACCAUCCCGGCCGCCACCACUGCCGCCGCCCCCACUCCCACCGCCGCCACUACUGCCGCCGCCACCACUCCCACUGCCACCUCCACCGUCGCCACCUACGCCUCCACCCCCACCACCACUCCCUCCGGCACCACCGCCACCUCCACCGCCUCCACCACCCCCACGACCACCUCCACCGCUGCCACCCCCACCGCCCCUGUCUCCCCCUGCCCCUGCCACAGCGGCGCCUCCAACUAG